GUCAGCGUAUGUGUAUGUGUGUGUAUGUACAUUUAUUGUAAAAGCUAACUGUUUUAUUGUCAGCGAGAAUGUCGUAUAAUAGUUUUAAAAAGGAGCACACUAAGAAGCAGCAGACUCCUAAGGGAUGUUGCUGCAAGCGGUCGCAAUGCAUUAAGAACUACUGUGACUGUUAUCAGUCCAUGACCACCUGCUCAAUUUAUUGUAAAUGCAUUGGCUGUCGCAAUACGGAGGAGCGUAUAGCGGUGGCCUCGCCGCCUAAGAAGUCAGCGAUGGCAGCGAAGAGAGAACGAGCUGCUGCUUUGAGCGCCAAGGCGGCCGCAGCUGCAGCCAAGGCGGGCAUUAAUAUACACCUUAAGCCUGCGCCAGGCUCGGCAGCGUUUGUAGGACAGAAAUUCAAUGGACCUGCUAAGCAAACCAUAAAUUUGCCACAGCAACCGCAAAUAUUUCAACUGCCCGAUGCAGAUCUGGAUAAUAUUAUAACAUUGCCUCCACCAAAUGUGUCGUUAUUGUCAAAGAAAGCUCCGUUCCAGGCAGCGCUGCCUGCGCCACAAACACCUAAGAAUGUCAACAUCAUAAAGCAGCCCACCAACGUAGCAUUGCUGGAAUGCAUUCUGGCACAGGCCAGCGAGGCCGAGCAGUUGGGCAUGACUGAGCUGCAAGUGGGUCAACUGGUGCUUCACGAAUUUGCACGCGGUCUGCAGGCCAUCAUUAAUACUUACAAUGUUGAAUAAAGUUGGCAGUUAGC